GUUCCUAUGUUUUAUUUUAAACGUCAGUUUGACAAACGAUAACGAGUUAAUAAUGACAAUGAAAAUAUUUUAAUUUUUAAUAUCAGUCUCAAAUUUAGUGACACUAUCUGGUAAAACGAUCUGACGAACAUUUCUUUGUGAUCUCAUUAUUUACUGUGUCCUUCUGUUACUGUAGUUCAAUACAAAAAAGGUAUGGUUAAUCUGAUCGAUACACUUAUGAUUAAUACGGUGACGGAGGGAGCUAUGAAUGUUUUGCGAAAUAUAGGCGUGCUAAAAUCUAAAAGCGAAAUACCUCCACCCAAAAUAAUCAAAAUGCCGCUAUGGGAACUAGCACGGGAAGCAGGGCCUUUCGUGAGGCUAGCCGGAUUAAGUGGAGCUGCUGCCGUCGUUUUGGGUGCGAUGGGCGCUCAUCGCACUUUUCCGGAAACGGAAACUAAGGAAGACUUGAAGAAAAUUUUUGAAACAGCAAACAGAUUUCAUUUUCUUCACACACUCGCUUUAAUGACCGUUCCCCUGUGUAGGAGACCAUACAUUGCUGGUACAUUCUUUAUUACUGGAAUGGGACUUUUCUGCGGGACAUGUUAUUACCAUGCUUUCACUGGUGAAAGAGCAUUGCGUCGUCUCACUCCCAUUGGUGGUUCUUGCCUCAUUCUGGGGUGGCUUGCAAUGGUACUGUAGAGUAAUUCUGGUAACUAUGUUACAUACAUGUAGCAAAAUAUGUGUUAUAUAGGUGAAUGGUGUAACUUUUUACCAAUAAUUCUGUAAUAUAUGAUUGUUAGUGACUUUCGAAGCACACUAGCUUCAGUGAUUCUCUUAUAUAAAUGUGUUUAAUUAAACUGUAAUUGUAUAUUAUUAGGUUUACUAAACUAUAUUUUGUAAUUUAUGUGUCAAAUUUUUAUUAAUACAAUUAUCAGUAUACCCAGCACAUAUAUGAUAUCUUUACAUAUUACUUCUCAACAUAAGCAAAUGAUGUCAAUCUAUUUCCUCACGCUUGAAUAUUUUAGAUUAAAUUUGUCAUUCAUA